UUUCGUUCCGUGUUCCGUCAGCAGAGUCAAGUCGACAAGUCGUUGAGUCUUUCAGUUCGCUAACGCUAUCGUACCGCUCGCAUCAUAGAAAUUCCUGCUCUGGUACCACUGGUCUCAGUCUCAGGUCUGAUUCUCCGUCUCGUUGGUUUUUUUUAAUUAUUGCUGUUUGUCGCUAGUUGCUCAUUUCUUGACUUCACAGCUCAUAUAGCUUUAGAGCUCGUCGCUGCCUUGUCAAAUUGACUGUUUUGUUGUAAAAGUACCACGUAGUAGUUCGCUUUUCUGUCGUUGCUCCUCGUGUUUAUUCUGUGUUUUUUCAUACAGUAAAUUGCAGGAAAAUCCAUUUUCCAUUUUCUAUCCUAAAUAGAAAUAAAGUGAAUACCUGGUGAGUGCAUAUCGAUAGUAUAACACAACAAGCGAGUGUACAAAGUGCGAAUUAAUUUAUUAGUGAUUUGAUAAGAAAUAUUAAUUAAAAAAAAAAAGAAUCAAAUAUGAGGGAAAUCGUUCAUCUGCAAGCCGGCCAAUGUGGCAACCAAAUUGGAUCAAAGUUCUGGGAAAUCAUAUCUGAUGAGCAUGGUAUCGAUCCCAAUGGCAUGUACCAUGGUGAAAACGAUUUGCAAUUGGAACGCAUUGAUGUCUAUUACAACGAAGCGAACAAUGGCAAAUAUGUACCACGCGCGGUUUUAAUCGAUCUCGAACCAGGGACCAUGGAUUCCGUUCGCCAGUCACCAUAUGGUCAAUUAUUUAGGCCGGACAACUUUGUUUUUGGACAAUCUGGAGCUGGUAACAACUGGGCAAAAGGCCAUUACACGGAGGGUGCUGAGUUAAUUGAUUCCGUAUUGGAUGUACUUCGCCGUGAAUCUGAAGGAUGCGACUGCCUGCAGGGCUUUCAGCUGGCACACUCAUUGGGUGGCGGUACCGGAUCUGGUUUGGGCACACUGUUAAUAUCGAAAAUACGUGAAGAGUAUCCAGAUAGAAUAAUGAAUACAUUCUCUGUUGUUCCAUCCCCUAAGGUAUCCGAUACAGUUGUGGAACCCUACAAUGCCACAUUGUCCAUUCAUCAGCUAGUCGAGAACACCGACGAGACAUUCUGCAUUGACAACGAAGCCUUGUAUGACAUCUGCUUCCGUACAUUGAAGCUCUCAUCGCCCACUUAUGGUGACCUCAAUCACCUGGUUUCAAUCACAAUGUCUGGAGUAACAACCUGCCUUCGUUUCCCUGGUCAAUUAAAUGCUGAUCUUCGUAAAUUGGCUGUUAACAUGGUACCAUUCCCACGUCUUCAUUUCUUCAUGCCCGGAUUUGCUCCACUCACAGCCAAGGGAUCACAACAAUAUCGCGCUCUAACUGUUGCCGAAUUAACGCAACAAAUGUUCGAUGCCAAGAAUAUGAUGACCGCUUGCGAUCCCCGACAUGGACGUUAUCUUACAGUUGCCUGUAUAUUCAGAGGUCCAAUGUCAAUGAAAGAAGUCGACACUCAAAUGUUCAACAUCCAAAACAAGAACAGCAGUUACUUUGUUGAGUGGAUUCCGAAUAAUGUGAAGGUUGCCGUUUGUGAUAUUCCACCACGUGGCCUUAAAAUGUCAGCCACAUUCAUUGGUAAUACAACCGCCAUUCAGGAAAUUUUCAAAAGGAUAUCAGAACAAUUCACUGCUAUGUUCCGUCGAAAGGCUUUCCUCCAUUGGUACACCGGGGAAGGUAUGGAUGAAAUGGAAUUCACUGAAGCUGAGUCAAACAUGAAUGAUUUGAUCUCCGAAUAUCAACAGUAUCAAGAAGCAACAGCUGACGAUGAUGUGGAAUUUGAUGAAGAGCACGAAGAAGAACACGAUACAUUUGAUGAUAAAAUCCAAAAUGGCUUGUAAAUUGGCCAAUAAACGCGUAUACACCUCCAUCGUUAUAUUCAUGCUCAAUCCUUAGUUCAUUACUCGUCGCAUAUCGUCGUUAUUAUUCCAGUGUUCAAUUUGUAUGCGAAGAGCAGCCUCCACCGUUUUUAAGUUCUUUUGAUUUUGGUUUUUUGAAAAUGCGAGCGUGUAAAAUGAGACGAUACAAAAAAUGAUCCAAUACUUUCCGCAUGUCCUCCGAAUAUUAUUAUUUGACUUUUUUUCCCAUCCUUAAUAAAUAAAUAGGAUUUAUCAUUUUAUUUACUACAUAAAUUAUUACCACAACAAAAUAUAAAAAGAUGUAAUUCAAAAUAAUAUAUCAUUAGAUUAUUAUUAAUUGGUAUAAAAUGGACUCUCAUAAGAAUGUAAAAUAUAAUUUAUUAUUUUUGUUUAUUCUUUUUUAAUUAUUCCUCUUUGACAGUUUACACUCAUAUAUUCAAAAAUAGUAUAUUAUGUAUGUUUGUAGUUUGUUUUUUUCAUUAACAAAAAGCCAAACCGUUUUCAUUAUUUGUAUUCCUUCUAUUUUCCUCGCCUUAAUUAUUAUACUUUUAAAAAUGUUUUAUUGUAAAAGAGUUUCUUUAUUUCAAAAAAAUAAUAUUAACAAAAACAAAUUGUUACAGUAGCAAGGUAAAAAGUUAAACAGAAAUUUAAGAGUAAAAAAUAUUUUAUAUAAUAUGACAAGAUUUAAAAGAGCAAAUAAAACAUUAAAUAAAUAUCAAUAAAA